AUGGAUCUCGUAUCCACAAUUCGGAAGGAAGGUAGCAGAGGUGGACAGACGGAGUUCAAAUGGUCAGACGUCAAGGAUUCGAGUCGUCGGGAGAACUAUCUUGGCCACUCCCUGAUGGCCCCUGUCGGUCGGUGGCAACAAGGCCGUGAUCUAUCAUGGUAUACCAAAGGAGAAGACCCUGAUGCGGCAAAAAAGGCCCGAGAGGAAGAAAUCCGAAAAAUUAAGGAGGCAGAGCAGGAAGCUAUUGCUCGGGCGCUUGGUCUGCCGGUAUCAGUGCCGUCAGCAAGCUCGAAUGCAAAUAUGGAGCCGCUAGGAGGGAAAGAAGUCGAGCAAACAAUUUUAGAAGGGGCCGCUGGUGACAAGGGAGUUGACCGUGUCAAGGGAGUCGGCUUUGGUGGCUUCUCCGGGAAUAUGCCGGCUGGAGACAAUAUUAAGAAACUAGAUCCAAUGGGAGAUGUUUCUGGAAACUAUGAUCAAGCUAAGAGGGCCAAUGCUGAUGGCCGAACCCUCGGAGUCGAAGGGAUGAUCACCGCUCAGACCGCCGUGAUAGGAGGAGAUACCGUUCACGUUCUCGAGACCGAGAGGCUGCCCGGAGGCGGCGCUCCGCCUCACGCUCACGCAGUAGAGGCAGGGGGUCAGGGGAACAUCGGAGUCGCCACAGGCGUAGCCGGUCACCGCAUGCCUCUCGGCGUUCUAGGGAUGAUAGGGGACACGACCGUUAUGAUAGAAGACGAUGAACAUGUAUGA